CGUCAAGGGUCACUUUACUUAAACUUUCGAGUACAGUAGCCAAGCUCGAACCGAGCCAAAUUCCCAAAUUUUAACCACUGUCCGUCCGUCCAUUCGCCUGUCCGUCCGCUCCGGAAACCGAAAACCAGAAGCAUGGCGCACCGCCUGCAGCUCCGGAGCGAUGACUUCGACGUAAUCGGCGCCGUGCCGCGCGACCUGUCGGUGAUUAAGAACUUCCUGAAGCGCGAUUGUGCCGUCAAGAAGCUAAUCGACAUCGAGGAGGAGUUCCUGCGGGAGUGCGUGUUGCGCGGCGAGGAUCCCAUGAAACCGAAUAAUAAAAAGGGCGAUGCCGUACAACGCGGCAGUGGGCUGGGAUCCAAAUCUGCUGAUCCUCAGCCAGAUCCCUGUGCUAGCAAAACCCCGGAGAACACAUUGGCGUCCGACUACUGUGAUCCCUGCCGAAGACUCAAGACAUCCGUGGUUCUUGAAGAGCUGACGAAACCCGCCACCACGAAUCCGGCGUACAACAAAUCCCUGCCGCCUUACUUUGACGAGGAGAGCGUGAUGGGCAACUCGUUGCCCGUGAAGUUCCGCUUCCGGCGCAAGUUCAACUAUUGUGACCAGGAGAAGCCCAACAACCUCAUGUGCACCACCACGCCUAGCACCAACGUGGUCGUGCUGACCAACUGUUGCGACGUGAUGGUGUGGCCCAGCCAGCGGGUGGCCCAGAUGAACCGGGUGCCGGUGACCACGCUGACGGGCGACGCCGAUCUCACGGAGUACAUGCUGGAGGAGGAGACCAUCAUGUGAGCGACGGAAGGCAGCGGCUAUGAAACGCAGUUUGGAGCAAGUAAUUCAAUAAACAUUUACCCCAUC